AUAUAGUCGACUUGAAGGAGCUAACUAGUAGUGAAAGUAUUUUUUUAUGUACGUGAUUUGUAGAAUAAAGCAGCAAAAUUAUGUUCCUCGGAAUCAAAUCGACUGAAUUUUACGGGAUGAGCUUUUAUUUCCUGAGUUAACCGUUACGGAAAAGCGCCAUUACUACCGACUUCUCAAAAACCCCGUCAAACCCCGUCUUCGGAUUUCAAAUAUCUCUCAGAUCUCCUUAUUGGCCUUUGUUUAUGUUACGUUUUGCAUCAGCGACGUAAACACGUUGUUGAAUUAUGGCAUCUAAAAAACCAGCUGAUAGCAACAGUGUAGCUAUGUCGAAUGUCAAAGUAAAAGUGGAACCUGGCACUUCCACAGCACCAUUAUUGAAGAAUAUUAAAGUUGAACCGGGUCUACCUGGUGCAACAACUAGGUUGACGUCUUUCCGCAUUCCGAGGGAUCUCACCUUGGGAGCCAACAUAAAGAGCGAAAAACCUAAAAAAGUUUACACGCCCAAUGUUAAUGUGCAGAGGAACAAAAAAAAGGACGAUGGAGCUUCCGUCAAAAAAGAAAUCAAACCUGGGCGAGGAAGAGGUCGUGGACGUGGUCAAGGCGAGCGGGGACGAGGUCGAGGGAAAACUCCCAGUAAUUUGAUUCAGUCGACAGGUAUAUUUUCUGAAGGUAUAACAGAUCUGGCACGUGGAAGUAGACGGAGUGGCGGUGGAUAUCGUGAAAGCUCAAGUAAUUCAGAGUCCAGGGCAUCAUUUAUGGAGAAACCAUUGCUCAAGUUCAACCAAACGAUUGACAAAGCAGAUGAGGAAGAGAAAUUGAAAUCGCUAUUGAGAGACGAUUUCAUUGAUGAUGGCAGUGAACCUUUCAUCGAAAAUCCUCCAAUAUCAUUGCCUCUUGUCGAUGAAGGCAAAUUGUAUAAAAGUGAAUCGAAUUCUGGAGUUGAGAUGCAAACUGUACCAGGAGAGGAAGAAGUUGAUGUAAAACCUAUAAUCUUGUCAAACGGGGAAGCUGUUAUGCCUUCAAAGUUAAUCAAAGGUAACGCUAAAGUUCAAGUCGACCAGAAAGCACGAAAUUCAGUUGCACAAAUUAUCGAAAAUCAAGCAAGCAGUUACAUUUUAAUUCAGUUUCCCAACUGUCUUCCUGGAUUGCGAACGAAUGACGAGCCAACCGACCCACGUUCACGGAGGCAGGUCGAGCAAAGUUCUCCAGCUGUGACGGAGACUGGUGGAAAAUCAGAAUUUUGUACAUUGGGAAGUUUGAAGGGUGGUCUUUUAGGAAAAAUUCAGAUAUGCAAAUCCGGCAAAACGCGUUUCCUCGUAGGUGAUAAUGCAAUGGUAGUUGACGUCGGUUCAAGGCCGUCUUUUCGUCAGGAUCUGAUGGCUGCGAAAAUCGAUGCUGACAACACGAAUAGCGAGUUGAUAAAUUUGGGACGUGUAACAAAUACUUUUAUAUGUUCGCCCGAUUGGGAAACGAUGUUAGCUAGUCUGUAAAUAAUAAAACACUUUAUUUCUAAUAUA